CAAAGGAGAAACCCUUGACUAAAUUCAAGAAGGACCUGGGACAUAUUUAUUAUGGGUUCAAUGAUUGGUUUUCUGGUAUAGAAGUGUGUUAUUAAAAAUAGAAAGGUAGGAAUAAAGUGAUACUUAAGGGGACCAACAAAUAAGAAGUUGAAUCUGUAAGUGGGAGGCUUAUAAAUUUGUUCAGCAGGGGUUUAUUUAGAAUGUGUAGAAGUUAUAGAUCAAGGUGUGUUAGUUACUGUUGUAUAUCUAAAGAAAAUAUUUCUUCAUGGUAGUUUUAAUUUCAUUGUAUGUCGUAUUUUACAAGUAUGUAUUUUCUUUGUAUGUUUGAAUAAAAGGAUCUUUAUGCCCCAGGGAAGGCCUUUAAGAAGAGCCUGUGUUUCUCCUUGCAGCUUCUCGCCAUUGACAUGCCGUAUUGUGUGCAAUGAGUAAAGGCCGGAUCCAGCGAGCCUCUCCCCGAACGAGGCUCAUGUCUCCGUCUCGCACCCGGAGCCCAAUGUCUGCUGCAAGUUCAACCAGCCGCUCCCCAUCUCCUCACAGGAGACACGAAACACCGCCUCUUUAUCUCACCACAGAGCAUGGAUGUGAAGGGGAUGCAGCUGAAGACAAGGAUUCAGACGUUCCUUCUGAGCGCCUGGUUGGACCAGGUGACAACUGUUUUGGCCCAGGCACCAGGUACAUAACAGAGACUCUCAUCAAGAAGCUGGCCAAGCAGGAACAUCUGGGACGCAUCACUUCUCUAAAUCUUUGUCUCUCGAAAGAUGGAGGAAAGAAGUUCAAAUACAUAGAAAAUCUGGAGAAGUGUGAUAAAUUAGAGACCCUCAAUCUGAGUCACAAUCUGAUUGAGAAGAUUGAAAAACUGGACAGACUUUUGAAACUAAGUGACCUCAAUGUGUCUUACAACAAAAUAAGUAAAAUUGAAGGCAUUGAGCACCUACACAACCUGCAGAAACUGAAUCUGGCUGGGAAUGAGAUUGAGCGAAUCCCUGCAUGGCUGAAUAAAAAACUCCGGUCUCUGCGGAUCCUAAAUCUGAAAAAAAACAAAAUAUCAUCACUCCACGAGGUUGCUAAACUGAAGCCUCUAAAGGAUUUGACUUCUCUGUUCCUGGCAGACAACCCUGUUGCAAACUUACCGCAUUACCGUCUUUAUACAAUUUUCCAUUUGAGGACCUUGCAAGAUCUUGAGGGACGCCCGGUGACAAACCACGACCGGCAGGAAGCUCUGGAGAGGUUUAAUUUAGAAGAAAUAGAAAAUCUAGAGAAGGACUUGGAGAAAGCUACAAAGGAGCUGGAGGACCUUAAAAACAAGCAAUCGGACCUGCUAGAACAGCUUCAGCAGCAAGAAGAGCAGAACAGAUUAUUAAAACAGAAGACUACUCAGCAGAAGCAAAGCCACAAAGACCUGGAGAGUGAGAUAGAAACAAAAAACGAGCUGCUGAAGCAGAAGGCGAUGGCCUUAACUCGCGCCUGUCAAAAGCAAUACGAGUUGGAGCAAGAGCUGGCUUUCUACAAAAUUGAUGCCAAAUUUGAACCAUUGGAUUAUUUGUAUCCAACUGAGGAUGUCGAACUUGACGACGUACCGGGUGAAAGCCCUUACAUUGGGAAGGCCAGGUACAAAAGGAACGCGUUUGCUGUGGAAGGUUAUAUCCCCAACAAAGCCCAGAAAAUACAAGUUGGAAACAUGGAGCAGGAGGAGCAACAUAAAGUUCAGCAGCUUAAACUGAACCUGGUUCAGUCACUCGAUGGACAGUUAGAAGACAAGCAGAGAAAGAUUAAAGAAGCCCAAGAAAAACUGGCUGAACUGCACGGCAAAAUCGCAAAUGUAGAGCAACACAUUUUAAAAGCAACGGAGGAGCUUAAACAAGUCCAGGAUGCCGUGGCUCAGAAAAAGAUGUCAGAAGUAGAAAAAGAUGGUUGUAGACAGCAACUCAGCAGCAAGAUAUUUCUUCUCAAUCAGCUGCGAGAGGAAGCUCUGCAACUAGAGAAACAGAUGGAAAGGCAGAGGCAGGAAAUGGCCAGGAAAGAGAAAGAGUUGGAAGACUUGCAGAGCUUCAUAGGUUCACUGGAUCCUAAAGACCCCAGACAUGCUCACAUGAAGGCUCAGAAAGCAAGCAAGGAACAGCAGCUUGACAUCAUGAACAGGCAUUACAAGCAGCUCGAGGCCCGGCUGGAUGACAUGUUGUCCCGGAUAGCGAAAGAAACGGAGGAAAUCAGAGAUUUAGAACAACAGCUCACUGAUGGUCAAAUAGCAGCCAACGAUGCCCUAAAGAAAGACUUGGAAGCGAUUAUCACCGGGUUGCAGGAAUAUUUGGAGAGCGUCAAGGGCCAGGCCAAGCAGAGCAGCGACGAGUGCAAGGAGCUACAGAAAGAGAAGGAAACGUUGCUGCAAAAGGUGGAAGACCUGGAGAAGGAAAGGAACCAGCUGGAAAUAGUGGCCAUGGAUGCGGAAAACCUGAGAAAAGAAAUCGCAGACCUGGAGCAAGCCCUCCAGGAGCAACAAGAACUCAACAAAGCCCUGCAAGAGGCCCAGAGUGAAUUUGGUGCUUAUGAGGCCGAACUGGAGGCUGAGCUGGAGGCCCGAGACACUGAAGUCUAUCAACAGAAGGAAGAGCUAGAAAAGCUGAAGCAACUGAGCCAGCUGGAACACGCUGCUCUUCAAGAUGAACUCGGCAAGGAAAGGCAAGCCUUGGAGAAUGCCUUAAACAAAGCCCAGCUGAUGAAAGAGAGAGAACAGGAAAAUAACAUGCUAAUUUCCCAACUCAAACAGCUGCAGAAAGAUAACAACCUUUUGAAACAGAAGCUGAAAGAUGCACAAAACCAGAUGAAUCACGCAGCCGACAGCUUGAUUCAUCCCGAAGAAGUCUUGUCUCGUGUGAAUGAGCUCAAACAGAAGCUACAAACCGGAGCAGAAAUGACGUAUCAUAACUCAAAGGAUAUUUUAGGGAAGAGUCUCCGAGAUCUUCAGAAACAUUUUGGUGAAAUCCUGGCUCAUUUGCAGGAAGGAAACGAGGCCAGAGAAGGAGAGCUUCGAAAGGAGGCGGAAGAAGCGCAAGAAAAGUACAGGCUGGCCUGCAACAGAGCUGCCGAAUCCAAAAUCAAAUCCGAGAAAAGGCAGAACGAGGCCAGGGUUCAGCAGCUGGAGAAUGAAAUCCAGCAUCUCAGCGGGAAGCUGAAGAGCAUGGAAGAGAUCCAGGGCCUCACGGAUCAACAGCUUCAAGAAGCCGAGGAGGAAAAAGAAAGGAUUCUGGCUGAGCUGGAAGGCCUGGAAAACAGGAAAAAAGUAGAAGAUGCCAAGGCACAGAUGCAGUUCCUUGACCUUGAUAGAGAGCUGAAGGAGUUAAAGAGGGCCAUAUCUGCAUCAGACAAACAGGCAACCAAAGAGCUCUCUGCAGCGAAGGAUCAGCUAAAAUCACUCCGCGGGACUGUAUCCCGAAUAAACCUGGAGCGCAAUGAGGAACUUCAAGAAGCAGAAACAUUUUAUAAGCAGGCGAAUCAGGAUCUGGCCAAGGCGGAGGCGGAAAUAGAACUGUUGCAGAAACUUCUGAAACAGAAGGAGGACCAAUGUGAAACGGAAAAAGCUAUCGCUGAAACUACUGGUUCCUGUUCUCAACUUUUUGAGAUGGAUAAGUUAAAUCGCCUUUUGAAAGACCACAAAACAGAAAUCGACCGUCUACGCAGAGCAUUAGAUCAGGCCAAGAUAGGCUCCAGGGAAGAAAUCAGCAGCAUUUUGAAUGAAGUUGCAGAACUCAGGCAUGCCGUCUCCCACCAAAAUGAAGCCAUUGCCAGCAUCAUGGACCCACUCAGACAGAAGAGACACUUGUUUUAUGUACCUUCAUCAUCGCAGACAUCUACCCCAGGAUCUCAGAGCACCAAAGACUCUGGUGUCAGUUUGCAAUGUCCGACAUCAACCCCAAUCCAGAAAGGGCUUGGAGAGAGCAAGGCAAGCAAGAAGGAACCUUCCACUUACUGUCGGUUACAUGCUCCACACAGGAGUGGCCUGCAGAAAUCUAUUCUCAAUGAACGGGACCAAGAAGAAGGCGAGCAGAACAUCCACGGUGUCUCUUCCUUUGUCGCACCGCCUGGGCCGGCUGUCUAUACUCUGCCCCCAGAUGGGGUCCCAGUUGCCUUCGCGCCAGGCAAUGGAGGAAUUCUUGCUCCCGCAACAGCGAUGCAGAGCUCACCACCUGUGGGGUCCCAACUUCUUUGUUAUACCCCUGUUCCUGCGAACUGCCCCGUGCCUCUUCUUCCCGUCGGCAUGCUUCAUUGCAACAUCCCUGAACAUCACAACCUGGAAAAUGAAAUCUCGCGGCUGGAAGACAAGAUAGACAAGCUAAAGUCUCAGCGGCAGGAAGGCAAGUCGGCUCGAAGCUCUGAACAGAAUAAAGAGAUGGAAGAACUGCACCAAGGCAUUCGAGAACUACUAAGCGAAAGAGAAGAGCUGGAGCACCAAGUGACAGAGCUACGCCGGACAGCCCAAAAACUAAAGAAACGCAAAGACUUCCUCGAUGGGCCCUCGAGCGGCCUCCUUUCAGAGCUGGAGCUUGAGUCGUCUUUCCGUCUCCACGAAAACAUGGCGGGCGAAAUCGAAUGCCUGGAGGAGACCCUUCGGAAGCGGCGGGCAGAACUCCGGGAAGCCGACCGACUCCUGGCGGAAGCGGAAGUCGAACUUGAAAACACACGAGGAAAAACCAAAGACACCAUACAGAAAUACAAUAGCGCUAAGCAGCAUUUGUCACGAACUGAAAAAGAAGCCGAAGAGCUAGAAGAAAGGGCUCAGGAGAUGGCUGUAAGGCUUGUAAAAGCAGAUCAGCAGCUAAGAUUGCUUCAAGCAGAUGCAAAGGACUUGGAGCAGCACACGGCAGAACAGGAAGGACUUUUGAAGGAAAUCAACAAAGUCGUGUCGGCAAAAGAUUCUGAAUUUCAGUCUUUGAGCCAGAAGAUUAAAACACUCACUGAAAUUCUUCAGAGACUUCAGGCAAGUAUACAAGUGGCUGAAGGCAAUGAGGAUCAUCAUCUCCAGAUCCUUAAAGAGGCAGAGCAUAUUCUUCAGAGCAAAAAGAGUGACCUGGAGAGGCUGAAGGAUGAGACUGCGGCGCAGAAGCAGGAGCUCCACAUUUUGGAACGGGCGCUGGCUCAGAAAGAGGAAGAGCUGUGUCUCCUUCAAGAGAGCAUCAUCCAGAAAAACGCAGACCUCGCAGAAGUGCUCAGGGCUGGCGAAGCGGAAGUGGCCAACAAACAGCGGCAAAUGAAGGAAGCGAAAUCCUUUCUGGAAGAGCUGAGCGUCCAGAAAGGGGAACUCAAUGCCCAGCUGAGCGAGAAAAGAGCCCAGCUGUCUCUGAUCACGCAAGAAAUCCCCAAAGAGGAAGAGAAGCUGCAGGGAGUCGUGAACCUCCUGACGAAGCAUAAGACAGAACUCAAGAAUGUCCUGGAAGCGUUGCAGCUAAAGAACAGGGAGCUCGAAGACCUAGAUCUCUGCUUCAGCCAAAAAGCAAACGAAUUGGAAAAAAUGCAGGUUGCCGUCUUGGAGGAGCAACUGGAAUGGGAGCGCCUGCAGCAAGCGUCACAGCAACAGCGAGGGGAAGCCGAGGACCAGAGGUUGCUUCUCGAAAGGAUGCGGCAAGACGCCGAGAACUUGCAUCCUCAGCUCCGCCAUCUCCAGAAGAGCAUCCGGGCCCUGAGCGAUGAGAAGCAGCAGCUGGAGGAACACUGCCAGGGCUUGGAGAAGAAACUGGCCCAAACCAAAAGAGCCUUAGCUUCUGCUGAAGGCAGCAAUAAAGCUGCUCUUUGCAACAAAGAAAAAACGAACUCGGACAUCCAAAAACUGGAGCUUGAACUUGACCAGCUGCAAAAGCACAAAAUAUCUUUGAGCGGAGAGAUUGGAGACCUACAGGAACACCUUCAAGAAAGAAAAGAGGAGUUGAAUAGAGUGAAGACUGAACUGAGUGAUUCCAGGCAUCGUCUUCAGCUAUUGGAAGAGAAUGUGAAAAAUGCCACCAAGCGGGAAGAGGAAUUGCUUCGAGAACAGGCAGCCCUGAAAGUCAGCGUUGGAGAGUAUCGAGAAGAGAGUGAGAAAUGCCAUGAAACCCAAAGGAAGAUGGAGAAGCAGCUUCAGAAAAUUUUCAGGGAGAUAGAAGAGCAGGAGCUGGAAUGGAAGAAGCGAGAGAAGAUCCUACAGCAUCUCCAGGAGGAGGCCCAACGCAAGGAGGAGAAGCUGAAGGAAAGUGCGGACAAACUGAAGGUCCAGAAGCAGCGUUUGGUGCAAGAGCUGGCAGAGCAGCAGCACAACCUGGAGCAAGUGGCGGCCAAAGUCCGAGAGGCGGAAGGACGGAUCCAGAAGAUCCAGGAUGAGGAAUCUGCCCGCGCAGCUCUUGAAGAAGCCCUCCAGAAAGCCGGACGCCAGCUCUCCGAGAAAGAACGGGCGUUGCAAGAAACAGCGAGUAAGGCCUCGCACCUCCGUCGGGAUCUGCAACUCUCCAAGAAAGAGGAGGACACGCUCCGUGGCAAGAUCCAAGCGGAGAGGAGCAAGGCAGAAAAGCACAUCGCGAGCCUGAAGGAAGCCAUCCGGACACAGAAGGCCCAGUUCGAGAGAUCCCUUCAUGAACAGAAACAGGAGAACCGUUCUUUGCAGAAGGAGGUGGCUUCGCUGGAGCAAGUGGCGCAAGACAACCAGCAGCGGGCAAAGCAGCUCAUGCGGGAUCUUGGGCACAUGCAAGAGGAAUGCAUGCAGCUCCGGUCCCAGAUGAAGAAUCAAGAGGACUUCGAGAAACAUCAGAAGCAGGUGAAGGACGCGGCAAAGAUGCUGAAACUGGAAGUGAGAGACCAAAUCAGGGCCGGUUUGAAGGAUCUGAGCCAGUCUCCUCCUGAAGCAUCCCACAAUUUGGAACUCAACGGGGGACCGCAGAGCGACCUGGAAAGCCUGAAGGAGAACUAUCCAUUCGCAGGCAGCGAGGCCGGAAUGCGUUCCUCCGAUGAGAAGCUGGACCUCACCAAAGUCCACAUCACGGAUGAACAGUGGCGAGGCAAAGUGCGUCGAGAAAAGCUCCAGCACUAUGAAGACCGGCUCAAGGCCCGGCUUCGGCAGUGCAUGUCCAAGCAAGUGGAAGCCUUAAUUCAAGGCAAGCGGCAGACGGAAGGCACUCUUCACAGUCUCAAGAGGCAAGUGGACGCUCUGGAUGAACUGGUCAGCAGCACUUCGGCCGAUUCCCCUUCUCCGUCCUUCACCUCCUCUGGCUUUGCAGACCUUUUGCACGAAGAGCUGAACCUCACCAAGAACCAGCUUGCCAGAUCCCCUUCCAAGCCCGCAGCCGGUAUUUCAUCACAGAUUCCAAUUGUCACUCAGUACAACAUGUGAUCUGACAAAACAG